CUUGAACCGAAAUUUGGAAUAUUUUUAAGUAAAAAUAAGAAGAAUCGGAAGCUAGAAAAUGCCGGAGCCGCGAAGCCCCAUGGCCAGCUUCGCCCAAUCGGUGCAGAAUGUCAUCGAUGGACCCAUUACAUGGUUCCGUGAGACGAUCGUGGAACCGAACCAGGAGAAAUACAACUGGUACCAUCAGCGCUUCAACCGAGUGCCGACCAUCGAUCAGUGCUACACGGACGAUGCCGUCUGCCGCUUCGAGGCGGACCAGCAAUUCCGUCGGGAUCGCAUGGUGGACAACGAGAUUGUGAGCAUUCUGCGCCAGCGUUUCGAGGACUGUACGCUAUACGAGGCGCCCGAUCACAUGAUCAAGUGCAAGCCCAUACUCGAGCAGUACGAAAAGGCCACCGAGAAUUGGUUCAUUAAAUAUGGCGAUUUGGGCGGCUACGCCAAUGCCAAGACGGCCUACAUGAAGCAGAAGCAUCGUUUGAUCUGGGAGCGACGUCACGGCCCAGUGGGCAGCGGCAUGAAGGGCGAAGAGCAGGCCGCUCAUUGAGUCUUCGUUCAUCCUCCUCCGAGACGGAACUGAGGUUUUGUUUAGUUCAAUUUUCCGUGAUUUCAAAACAUAAUACACACCCCGAAAUGGUAAACACAAGUA